UCAGGAAGGUACUGUAGCUAUGACAUGUGGGGACACACUAAGAAGCCCACCAUUAAGUCAUAAAAUGGCCAUCUGGAGAAAAGUGACCCUCUUGCUGUUUCUUACAGGAACGUUGGUGAAGCCUGGUCUGAGCACUGUGAUCCUGGAUCAGCCACCAAGGACAGUGGAAGUUCAUCUUGGUUCCUCUCUUACCCUGAACUGCAGUUUUAUGCCCCAAACUCGUGUCACGGUGAACUGGUAUUUCAGCCCAACUGGCCACUCAAGCUGCAGCUCCAAUACAUUGCUGAACAGCAGUACCCAUUCGGCUGACAAAACUGGGAAGCUGGAUGCUGGGGGUCAUGUAUCUAAAGAAUCUAGAGAGAGUUGGUCCAGAUUAAUUCUUAAAGAUGUCACACACAAUAACAGUGGAUGGUACUUUUGCCAUGUCUCAGUAGAGAUUCCCGUCCUUCAACAAGCAUGUAGCAAUGGAACUCAAGUUAAUAUAUUGGACAACCAGAUGAAAAGUACCACUUAUACUCCAUUGAUGACAGUAACCCUGUCUCGCCCUUCCAAUCGGGUUCUGCUUGUAGACUGGAGGCUGUGGGUAGCAGUGGGAGCAGCGAGUGCCAUACUUGUCACACUGCUAGUGGUCAUCUGGAUCUUAAUACAACGAAGGGGAUGCAAGAGCAGAGAAAAUCCUAUCUAUUCGAAUAUGCCUCCACCAAGAUCUGCAAUAAAACAGCCCUCUCCGCAUCCAGGAAUACAGAUGGACAACCAGAAGUUACCUUCUCCUUUAAAACACACCAGGACCCCAGCCACAACCCAUUACAGCAAACAUGUCAGGACCCCAACUCCAGCCAGGACCCAUGACAGCAAAUAUAGCCUAAAAUCCUAAGACUUUUUAUGAUUACAAUUAAUCAUAUUUCCUCUACUGAAACUAUGUCAGCAAGUAAUUUGUUAUCUCGUGUGUUGUGAGUGAAGUCUGACUUGGUCCUAUCCUGUCCUAUUACAUGAGCUAUCACUUUAGUAUGUUUUUUUUUUUCAGGGACUGCUGUUGAUUACUUCUCCAGCAAUUGGCAUGCCAUGGUAGCCUACUAAAUUCUGAGAAAUUAUUGUUGUGUAAAUAUUAUUCUCAGGGUCAUUUAAUGUUCUCCAAAUUCUAUAAAGCGUAAUCUAGCAAUAAAGAAAAUAAGUGCUAUUUUCUGGAAUUUACAGUAUGUUGUAUCAGUAGCCUUUGUAAAAAAGACUGGGCAACACACUGUGGGCUUGAAGGAAAUAUCUACAUCUGUUAAUAGUGCAUUAAUGAAAUUCCAUAUUUCAGUAUUUUCUUGCAAUUGUAGUGUCAAAAUUGUAAACAAAUACUAUGUGACUGGCAAUUGUGCUAUACAUGUAUGCAAGGACAGAAACAUACAUCAAGUUCGUUUUAGACAAAGUCUUUAAAAUGAUAGCCUACUAGACAACCACUUCAAAGGUGUCAUCCUAAAAACAGAGCCAAUGUAUCCGUCUAAUGUAUCAGUCAAUCAACGUCCAUCCUUCGAAAAUAGAAAAACAUGGUCACGUGAUACCUUGCCCCAUCUAUGUACUUGUGGUGCUUUCACGACAGCUGGGAACUGUGGCCUUCAGGUCGGAAAUAUACAAAUAUGCCCGAGUUUCCGGCGUGGAAGUCCGUGUUGGAAGAUCAUUAAAAAGAUUCUGCCCAGUCAGAGUUCGUUUUUUCCUAGUUGUCUUGAAUGCACUGUAGUAGGAAGUGGAGAUUUCCGAGUUCCCAUUUGUUUCGAAUGUGGCAUUGGUAGAGACGAACUUCACAGGAUUAUCGAGCUAACGUGCACACUAGCCAGCAAACGUUACAAGUGGAGCCGAAAGAGAAUACUGAUGUCAAAUGGAAGAUACUCUGGAUCAAUUUCUAAUGGCGUAGACUGAGAAUAAAUAUAACUGUUCCAGAUGAGAGCCUCAGGACCAGCAUAAAGAUCCCCUGAAUUGGGAAGUUUGAACUACCACGUCCUACAACAGUACCUGGGACAGUAUGGAUUCUCUCCUGAGCUACAGAGGAGGUAGCAGCAGCUGCAAGUGUUUAUGUUGGAGGCUGAUACCAUCAUAGCUAUUGACCAUCAGAACACUAAUACUGGAGUCUCUAUAGAGACAUGAACUGCUGACCUUGAGCUACAGUGUGUUAUUGUGUAAGCAGGACUAAGCAGUGCUCCCACACACACCCUCCCACCUGGGCACUACGCCAUGUCUCCUCUCUCUGCUCUGGGUGUUUUCUGUGGAUUGUUCCUUCCUCUGUCUCUCAGUGAAUACAACACUCACAACUGUAUCCCACGGAAGAGUGUCCUUUACCAGGACAAUAUGAAGCUGUUCAGAGAGGAAGGGAUUUGUAACUACUCCACCAUGUUGGUUCGAGAGGAUUUGGGCCUGCUGCUACUCGGGGCUCGAGAGGCUGUCUAUGCCCUGGACAUCAAUGAUAUUUCCAUCAAGAAGUCAUGGGUAUACUGGCGGGUCACCAAGGAGAAACAGAUGGAGUGCACAUACAAAGGGAAACAUGCUGAAAUCGAAUGCCGUAACUACAUCCGGACGCUGCAUAAAGUGGAUGAUGGCAGAAUGUAUGUGUGCGGGACAAAUGCUUUCAGCCCCACCUGUGAUUACAUGACGUAUUCUGAAGGACAGCUGAGACUAGAGGAAGCGCAGGAGGAGGGAAAAGGGAAAUGCCCCUUUGACCCCUUCCAGAGAUACUCAUCCAUCAUGGUCGGAAAUGACCUGUACUCUGCUACCUCAAUCAACUUCCUGGGCUCUGAGCCUGUUGUUCUCCGCAGCUCUUCCUCUGCUCUCCGCACCGAGUUCAAGAGCUCCUGGCUCAACGAACCCAACUUUGUGUACAUGGACCUUGUCCCCGAGAGCAAUAACAACCCAGAGGGCGAUGAUGAUAAGGUCUACCUGUUCUUCAGCGAGAACGCCAUGGAGUAUGACUUCUACAACAAGCUCAUGGUGUCACGAGUGGCUCGUGUAUGCAAGGGGGAUAUGGGCGGCCAGCGGACGCUCCAGAGGAAGUGGACGUCGUUCCUGAAGGCUCGUCUGGACUGCUCUCUGCCAGAGUCCAGCCUGCCCUCCAUUGUACAGGAUGUCUUCCUACUCAAAAAUGAUGACUGGAGCAAAAGUGUUUUCUACGCGGUGUUCACUCCCCAGUCGAGCUUGUCCGACAUGUCUGCAGUGUGUGCGUACAGUGUGUCAGCUAUCGGAGACGUGUUCAAUAAGGGGAAGUUUAAGACACCAGUGACUGUGGAGACGUCCCAUGUGAAGUGGGUAAUGUACAGUGGAGAGGUGCCCACCCCCAGACCUGGAGCCUGCAUUAACAAUGCAGCACGGGCCCUUGGGAUGGAGCGCUCCCUGGACCUGCCAGACAAGACCCUGCAGUUCAUCAGGGACCGGCCCCUCAUGGACGAGGCCGUGCGCCCUCUGACCGGGGGUCCGCUGCUGGUCAAAAAAGGUGCCAUGUUCACGCGCCUGGUGGUGGACAAUGUGCUAGCUCUGGAUGGAGAGAGAUACGCAGUCAUGUUCAUCGGCACAGAGAACGGCUAUGUGCAGAAGGCAGUGAACUAUGCUGGGGAGAUGUUCAUCAUUGAGGAAAUACAGCUGUACCAGACCCCAGAGGCUAUCAGGACGCUACGCCUCUCCUCCAGCACGGGUCAGUUGUAUGCAGGCUCAGAUUUUGGAGCAGUGCAGAUACCUCUGAGUGACUGUGGCCGCUAUGAGUUGUGUCUGGACUGUGUCUUGGGCAGAGACCCUUACUGUGGAUGGGACCUCUCCACUGGCAUCUGCUCUGCUGUGGCCAGUUCAUCCUCUGACACGAACAUGAUUCAAAGUCUAAAAGAUGGUGAUAUAUCAAAAUGUCCAAAAUCAGAGACUGUGAAACCAGAGAACUACACCUUAGUCCCUGGGAACAACAUCAAGCUGCCGUGCCAUCCUGCCUCCAACCUGGCACAGGUACACUGGCUCUUCUUAGGGCAACAGCUGCAUGCUGACGCUAAGUAUUACAUCUACAACGGAGGAAUCCUUAUUCUUAAUGCCUCUGCCUCCGACGCGGGCCAGUACACCUGUGAGUCUGUAGAGCAGGUGAAAAGCAGACCACACACCAGGACUAUGGCAGUCUAUCAACUGCGGCCCCACACUAAUGCAGAGGGUGAGGAGGAGGAGGAGACGACGACAGAGUCCCCCCAUAGCCACAAUACCCCACUACCAGAGGUGCCACAGACUUUGGAGCCCCCGCUCCCUCCUGAGUCAUGGAGUGUAGACAGCAGGGUGGUAGGCCUGCAGGUGGCGGUAGCGCUCCUCUCUCUGAUGCUGCUUGGUCUAGUAGCCUGGAAUCUAUAUAAAAGGAGCUUUAGAAACAGAUCUUCAGAGAACUCCGGUGUGGGCCAGGUGAAAAGGCUGUCAGUUGACUACAUUCAAAAUAGGACUUCAGUGAUUAAGUUGCUGGGACCUACACCCAGUCAUAACGCAAACAAUAACCAUCACGCGGUCAUAGCUUUCAAAGGGAAUGGGGAGCACCACUUUUCUCCGGGAGGCAAUAUUUCCACUAUGGAUGGGUUGGGUUACAUUGACAACGAGUCAGAGAUCUGACCCUGAGUGUUAACCACUCUCUGGGGUUUGCUCUCUUUCUCUCACCAGGCAGCUGAUUUAGGACACUAUGGCAAUGUCAAGCUCUGUACAUUGGACUUGCGAUAGAGGGGAAUGUUUUAUAUUUUUCUAGGAAUUGUCCAGAAAAACAUUUUCCCACCAGGUUGAAUUUAUUUUAUAUAGUCAUGCCAUAAUGCAAAUAUACAGUGAGCUCCAAAAGUAUUGUGCCCAGUAGAAAUUAAUGGUAAAUAAUGCAUUGUUGUGAGUCACUUAUUGUAAAUAUGAAUAGAAUGUUAAUGUGGCUACAGAUAGUCCUGAAUGAAUUGUGAUUAAUUACAAAGUUACAGAUCAAAUAUCAUACCCACCUCUCACAAUUACAAUAACAGGGGAGGUUAGCAUGAUAUUUGUGCGUCUAACUUUCUCACUCAUAAUUAUUCACAAUUUCAUUCAGGACUAUCUGUAAUCAUGAUAACCUCCACAUUAAUGGAGAAGUGUUUAGAAGCAUAUUUAAUUUUUUAUUUACAAUAAAAGUGACUAAGAUGACAAUAUAUUAUUUACCAUUAAUUUCUAUUGGGCACAAAAUAACACUACCAAAACAAACAGCAAAUGCAUCCAA